AUGGCUUCCAAUGUGCAAGAGUCGCCUGUCGUUCAACAGACGUUUGUUGAAGAGAUAGAUUAUAAUGAAAUUCAAGAAUUACAGGUCGUAGGAAAAGGUGCAUUUGGUGUAGUAUGGAAGGGACUGUGGCGAAAUACUUUUGUGGCUGUGAAACAUAUCAAUUCAGAAUCUGAAAAACGCGAGUUUGCCAUCGAAGUUCGUCAGUUGUCUCGUGUUUCGCACCCCAACAUCGUGAGAUUAUACGGAGCAUGCACGCAAGGCGCCCACGUCUGUCUUGUCAUGGAGUAUGCGGAAGGCGGCUCAUUGUACAACGUUCUCCACUGUCGACCAAAACCCAAAUACUCCGCUGCCCAUGCUAUGAGUUGGGCACGACAGUGUGCUGAGGGUGUAGCUUAUCUUCAUGCAAUGAAACCAAAACCACUGAUACAUAGGGAUUUGAAACCACCAAAUUUAUUACUAGUUGCAGGAGGGCAGAAGCUUAAAAUAUGUGAUUUUGGAACUGCUGCCGAUAAAGCUACUUAUAUGACAAAUAAUAAAGGAAGUGCGGCAUGGAUGGCACCAGAGGUAUUUGAAGGUUCUUCCUACACGGAGAAGUGUGAUGUGUUUUCGUGGGGUAUAAUAUUAUGGGAGGUGCUAUCUAGAAGGAAACCGUUUGAGGAGGGAGGUUCAGCAUUUAGAAUAAUGUGGGCUGUACACACAGGACAGAGACCAAAUCUCAUAGAAGGUUGUCCAGAACCCAUAGAACAACUAAUGACUCAGUGUUGGCACAAAAUACCCGCAGAGAGACCCAGUAUGGCCAAGGUAGUGGAAAUAAUGAAGGCGUUGUGUGAGUUCUUUCCUGGUGCUGAUACACCGAUAAACUUUGACGAUCUUGAAGAGGAUGAUGACAGUUUGGAAGAUAAAUAUGUUAUGUACGACACACAGGAGAGUUUUGAUACGGACAUGCAAAGUGAUCAAAGCAAUCCCUUACAAUAUACUGACGAUACAGCAUCCAAUCAGGUAUAUAGAAACACUAACCAAUCAUCACCGAGACCACGGAGCUUUGUAGAAACUCAGGUCAACAAACUACAGAAUCUAAUGGCCGAUGUUCAAAAGUCACCCAAAGAAGACGACACCCACAGAGUUAGAAUACCACAACAGAUCAAGAAAUUGGAUCAAAAUGAGGCCGGCACCUCUAUAACUAUCAAUAGGACUUCAAGCUCACCGAUAAAUACUGAUAGGAAUGCCACAAGCGAGGGAAGCACUCCUCAGGACAUAUUACGAGUGUACAGAAGCCCUAAUAUAUUCAGUGAGAGUUCAUCACCACGAGGCAUAUCACCAAUAGUUAAUUAUAACAUAGGGAAUAUGAACCCUAGGCAUAUAGACAUAGAGCAGUAUUGGAACAGGGAGAAUGAUAAGCUAUCACCAUCAAGAACACCAUCGACUUUGAGUAACACAAAUUCUAUAAAGAAGGAAGACUAUAAUCAGAAUUAUUGUGAUGGACUGAAUGCAACUAAUAGUCCAAUGAAUCCUAUCAGUGAAUUCAACGGUAACUCUCCAAGGAUGACGUUAGAUCCUAGAUAUCAGACUCCGCUGCAAAUAGAAGUUGAUCCAAACGCGUGGGAUUUGAAAGAUUUCCGCGAACCGCUGGACUAUGAUGGUUACAUUGAAGUGAGGAACAACGCCGGCUUAGACAAGUUUAUAGCUGUCGGUAACAGCAGUGGGUCCAACGCGGAGGGCGCAGCCCCGCCGCCGUCUGAACCAGACCCCGAUUUGGACUCUAUGCACAUGAUGCUGGACCCGCACCUAAGACCAAUAUCACCAGACCUCACCAACGAAGAGUCCAAACGGAUCUUCGACGAACAUAAACAUCUAGCACAGGAGUAUCUCAAAAUACAAACUGAAUUGGCCUACCUCAGCAAGCACAAGUCAGAACUGGAGGAACAAAUGGAUGGAGAGGAAUUGAGACAGAAAAGAGAAAUAAUACAGUUAGAAAAUGAGAAGGAUUCUUUAAUAAAAUUGUAUUGCACGCUGAAGAAACAACUCACGCGCGCUGAUAACGACAGCUGGCUCUUACCGGAGAACGCUCCGCACGAGUGA